AUGGUUCGUGGAAGAAUAGCUAUGAAGCUGAUUGAAAAAGAGAAAUCCCGUAAGACAACAUUUCACAAGAGAAAGAACGGAUUAAUGAAGAAAGCUUAUGAGUUUGCCACUCUUUGUGGGGUUGAUGUUGGGGUAAUUAUCUAUGCCCCCGACUUUCUUAAAGAACUUGAAACAUGGCCCCAAGACUCAGAAGAGAUAAAACGUGUCAUUCAAAAACUUCAGAACACCACUAGAGAUAGGUGUCCUAAGGUGUAUGAUGUGGAAGAGUAUUUUAGCGAAAGGAUGAAGAAGAUUGAAGGUGAGAUUUCCAAAGUGCACAAAGCGAAGAUCAAGGUCAUGUAUCCAACUUGGGACGACUCAUACAAUACUCUUGGGGAGGAACAAUUGAGGAGGUUUGUUGGUAUUCUGGAUGCUAAGCUUGAUGCUUGUAAUCGAAGGAUGAACAUGUUAAAACGAGAUUCAAAGGGGAAAGCAAAAGCAGAAUCAGACACAGCUGAGAUACUUACUCCCUACAUGGCCUCAAAUUUAGGCAGUCACAUGAAUUUCAUGCAGAACAUGUCUCAAGCACAAAUUUUCUAUCCUAUGAAGUCAACUAGUGAUAACAACCAAGUAGCAUUAUACCCAUUUCAGCUUGGCCAAAGUUCUAAAUCUUCUAUGUUUCAUUUUGGUCCAAAUUGCACACAAUUAAUGGGAAAAAAUGGAAUGGUGGAUUGGGCUAAUCAAGUUGGUGUUGUGGCUUGUGAUCCCAAAAAGGGUAUACUAGAGGAGGAUGUAUCUCAGAAAAGCCAUAAUUCCUCACCAUGCUAUUCCAAUGGAAAUAUACAAACAAUGCAGCCAUAUAAUGUUAGUUUGCAAACUCUUCCUUCUCAAUUGCAGUACAAUGCAACUUUCCAGACUUUACCACGUCAACCAGGACCACCACCAGGGUCUCAACUUAAUGACUCCUAUGAUUCAAAUAUGCUUCAACGUCAAUAUUUUUACUACAUGCAUGGAGGUCCCAGUACUUAA